AUGGCGAUCCGUCUACAUCUACGCCUUAACCGUCUUUUACUCGACGCGGAUUCAUCUUCAACAAGUGACAUGAAUAGGCCAAGAGAAACUUUCACAGCCACAGGUGAUUCAAAUUUCGAUACCAACAUGGUGUUUAUCUUAGCAGCUUUACUUUGUGCACUUAUUUUUGCAUUAGGACUUAACUCAAUUGUAAGGUGUGCUCUAAGAUGUAGUCACAGAUAUGCUUUCGAGACACCAGAUGAAACCGUAGCUCGUUUAGCUUCAAAGGGUUUGAAGAAGAGUGCUUUGCGUAAGAUCCCUAUAGCUGUUUAUGGAUCAGGAGGUAGUUGUAGUGCUAGUACUAGUUUUGCAGCUACGGAUUGUCCGAUUUGUCUUGGAGAGUUUGUGGAUGGAGAGAAAGUUCGAGUGCUGCCGAAAUGUAACCAUGGAUUUCAUGUAAGGUGUGUAGAUAGAUGGCUGCUUUCACACUCCUCUUGUCCUACUUGUAGACAGUCUUUGAUUGAGUAUCCAAAUCCAGCUAGUUCUGAUGGUUCAUCUGUAGUUGUGAAUGUUGUUGCUGUGGCUGCAGGAACCACAAACCAACGGCCUUAA